AUGGCCUGGGAUUCGCUUUUGCAGACGUCUGCCGUCAACAAAUAUGUCUUUGGCCGCAUUCCUCUCCUACAUACCCUUAUCCUCCUCAUAGAAAUGGCGCUGGCCGCCAGACUCACGGCGAGGUUCAAUGCCUCGUACGAGGAGCGACCCCUCAUUACGAUGAUGGUCACCAAUGCCCUGCUCGGUGGCAUCGCAGACACCGUCGCACAGGUCAUCACAGCAUUCCGCCACCGCGUCGUCCGCAAGCCCGGCGGCGCCAAGGACGAGACCGUCACCAUCGAGAUCCACGAGCUCGGCAAGAGCCCAUACUACGAGAAGGAUUCGCUCAGCAACUUUGGUCCCUCGACUGGUCGCCCACCCGCAUUUGACUUUGAGCGCCUGACCCGCUUCAUGGGAUACGGCUUCUGCGUCGCGCCCAUCCAGUUCCGCUGGUUCAAGCUGCUUGAGCGCCUCUUCCCCAUGUCCAAGACGAGCACCUUUGGCCCGGCGCUGAAGCGCGUGGCCUUUGACCAGAUUGUCUUUGCGCCGUUUGGUGUGGCCCUCUUCUUUACUGCCAUGACGGUGGCUGAGGGUGGUGGGCGCCGAGCCGUCAGCAACAAGCUGCGUGACAUGUAUGUGCCGACGCUCAAGGCCAACUAUGUGGUUUGGCCGGCCGUGCAGCUCGUCAACUUCCGUUUGAUGCCUGUGCAGUAUCAGUUGCCUUUCGUUUCGACUGUCGGUAUUGCUUGGACCGCAUACCUAUCGCUCACCAACAACACCGACUAA